AUGUCUGAGCAAACUUUCCACACUACUCGCGAGGAUAUCCGCAAGGAUGAAGCCCGCACCUCCCACCAGCACGGUGGUAACGUGCCUUCCGACUCGGAUGUCUCCCAGAUGAAGUCCAUCAUCGAUGAGAACACCAACAAGGCUGAGCAGAUCGAGCGGACCAAGGCCAACCUGCCUCUGCCUGACCAGCCCCCCGUCGCCAGUGACUGGAACUCCUCCGACCAGCGGACUGUCAACGUCGGCUCUGGUGGCAUCGAGGGUCCCGUCUCUGGAGACAACGACUCGGCUCUUCGUGGUCCUGCCACGGCCGGAAGCAGUGUCCGCAUGGACGGUAGCGAGCUGCACAAGACCACCGCUCCUGGUGGUAACGUUGGUCGUCAGCGUGUUGAGGGCUUGGAUGGCCUGCCCUCGGACGCCACUUCUCGUUAA